AUGAAAAAGUUAAAUACGGCCCCGAGUACCUGGCAUCAAUUUGAUAAGACAGAGGUGCAAAGGCAUCUGGGACAGGACAGGACAUGCUUCACGAGACAGACGCCCAAACUCCAGUAUCGGAGAGUCACCAAAGUAGAAGAACAUGACCUAGUGGCUUCACCGCGCGAUCCUUAUCCCAGUGGUCUGAUAUCAAAAAGAUCAGCAAGCAAAGCAGCCGUUGAUCAAUGCGCCUUCCUUCAACUAGACGCCGCCCGUACCUUGAAGGGCGAAAGCAAAUUUGUGACCACUGCGGUCAAACUCUGUGAGCUGGUUAAAAAAACAGAGGCUCAGUCAAGGAAGGGAAACGAGAAAAAGAAACACAAAGGAAGCAGGAAGAGGAAAUGA